GGUAGAAGGAAUAAAACGAAAAACACAACUGGCUGCUGUCAAACCGUUGUUGAGUGAUCAUCUGAUUCUUCUUCUUGCCAAUGGGGGUGCGAACCAACCCAAAUCUGUCAUCUUUUUGCUGCAGUCAAGAAAAAUUGGUAUGUGCUUUCGAAAUUUAGGUGAAAAUUUAGGAUUUUUCGGUGUUUUAAAGAAACAGUUCUGAAAGUUACUGAUUGUAAUCGAUUAAACCCAAUCCACGAACUGCAUUUCCAAUGGAAUAUUGAAAAAUGCUCCUGGUGUGUGAAACGUUUUCUAGAAAUUGUGCCAGCAGCGAACAAAACAACAAACGGGCAACAGUCGAGCAAGGGCGAAUAUGGCAUCACUAAAGGAUUGGGAUAUUAUUAAACUUACCACAUUGAUUACAAAUGUUGACACCAAGCUGUCAGCUUGUACCAAACCGGAUCAGGACUUUCAGAUAUUGUGUCUUGUAAGGCAAAAUGAUCAGAUUCUGUUUCGAUACAUUGACACGGGUGGGAAGGUGCACCUGAUGCUGAUAUGUUGGUUUGCUGAAAACGCCAAAAACGUGCAGGAUAUCUGCUUCGAUAGUACCGGGAGCUGGUUGUUGGUUUUUUGCUAUGACAACACAUUGCACAUUGUACCCGCACUGUCAAUUUGUGACAAAUCCAAACAAGUGGAUGCUACCUUUAAUCAGGACGAGAUCACCUCGUUUAUUGUACCUUUCAUUGGACCCCACGAGUGUCCUAAUCCCCAAACUUGCCCAAACAAUUCGCACAAUGCCUCAUCUAUGGCAUCUCAACGAUCGUCGAUCGUUUCCGAAGCUAGCACAAAGUCAAGUUUGAGUGCCGAAUUAGCUAGUCCUGGGACGUCUCAGCAGCAGCAGCAGCUACUCACAAUGAAGCGAUCCGAAUCGACCUACACCACGCACAAGAUAGACGAGAUCUACUCACUGAACAGUAUCUAUAAUCAGUUGUACGGCGGCGACCAGCAGCAGGCUGCUGGGGAGGCUAUAACUCCGAUCGCAAUGAAAACGAUUGAGAGCUACUUCGCAGAAGGUUCCGCUGCUGUUGCGGCAGCGAAAGAUGAAAAACGUGCCGGCAAAUGUCCCAGCCCGCAGGAGAGCUGCAGCAGAACGAUGAGCUCCAGCAUUGGGUCAACGGUUUCGAUUUCCUGUCCAUAUCCAACGUGCUGCAGUUGGUGGAAAACACUGACGGAUGAACCUCGAGCCAUCCUGGGCUAUUCGGACGGGUCGAUAUGUGUUGUGGCCCUUACGCCGAAUUGUCCGUUCCUAGGCAAUACCAACUGCGAGCGGGGUUCAGUGGAGAAGCUGGUCAUCUGCCAGGACAAUAGUAUGGAAACGAUUAGCCUAAUGAUCAAUACCUCUACCCGGGAGCAGUGGAAGCUGCUGUUGGAGCAAAAAUCCAUCAAGUACACCUUUCCGGGUGACAUUUCACCUAUCUCUAGUCAGGAGUUGAAAACGGAAAUGUUGAAAUCGUUCGGCGAAUCGGGAAAACCAGACUCUGGAACGAUGGAUGAUUGGCAGAUUGUUCUGGCGCUACCUAGACAGGAGGGCAGCUCUGGCGCUGAGCAGCAGGAUAAUGGUGAGAAGGGUUCCAGUCCAAGCGGAUCUGAUCCACAGUCGAGCGAUGAUUUUGAAAAAGUAGACGGUGAAGGGUCGAUUGAUGAGGGAAGAACAGAUGGGAAAGACCAGCAGGCAUCCAUACCGAAACUGUUUCCGGCGGCUAGAGCCAGGCUGCUGUCUCUAAGAGACCUUGGAGCCAAAAAGAUAGGAACACUGAAGUUAAAACUCUCGGAGAGUCGAAUCAAAGCCAAAGAAAAAGAGAGAAUCAAGGAACAAGCAGCCAACCUGGCUGUAAUGGAGCUACCCGGUAUGUAUCCGGAAAUUCUGACAACUCCCGCGGGCCCUUACUUCGUCGUUCAAUACAUGAACGGCAAAUAUCUACUCAGUGCCCUUCACUCCUACUCGGACACACUGUCGGUUCACAGUAUGGACAUCAGUUUGAUACCGCUGCACAUCUACAAAGUCCCCAAGCAGUGCAAAACUACUGUUAUCACGAAAAAUGUGAUUUACAUAAUGCACGAGUUGAGUCAAGUCUCUGAAAAAUCCACGGAAAGUACACAGUCAUCUCCGGAAGUCGGCGAAACGUCUGUAAAUGAUGAUGUAUCUGCACAGCCUCGAAGGGAUACGGAGAGUAGCAUCGAGAACAUUGACACUAGUCCAAGUCAAACGCAAGCCGAUGACGAAGGUGAAACCACGGAAACCACGAACACGGAUACAGUGUCGGCCAUCUCCGUUGUCAGCUGCCAGAUGGCAGCGAUGAAGAUGGGAGACGAUUGCGAUUUCAACGAACAUGCCAUGCUAGCAAUGUUUCAAUUUCCCGGUGAAAAGAUACUCGACAUUCAUCGAGUAAGUUCCAUGGGUGCGAACAAUGAUACGAAUGAAACGGAUGAACCGAAGCUGAAAGCGCAGGAUGAACCCGAUGAUGUGCGAUCGAUUUUUAAAAAAUCAACCGUUUCCAAUUAUCUGAAAAUGCAGAGAAGUUUGCGGAUGGAUAAAAAGUUGGAGACCGUCGAGAGCCAGGUGAUGGUAGGUCAAUUCCCUAAGGUAGAGUUCGACAGGGCUGUCAUCGUUACCGACAAGAAUCUGUACUCAAUCGAACUGAAUGACACAGCUCGUAAUCUAUUUCUGAAGUUAGCGCACAACUCGAUAUGGGCAGCUUGUGAAGAUUUUUGUAUUACGUUUGGGCUUCCCCUGCCGGUCUGUGUCGAGUAUGCCGGGGAUAUUCUGCUGAAGCGAAGAAAGAUUACCGAAGCACUGAUGACCUACAACGUAGCUCGGCUUCCGCCGAUGAAGACGGCUCUCAAAUUGGCAAUGGCAAACGAAAAUGGAGCUCUGAUGAAGUUAUGUUCGAUGGCUUUGCGGAAUUCCCACAUCAUCAACAGCCAGUUCGUUAUGCACGACGUCAUGAGAAUUCUGGUGGACGAGGCACACCUCGGAAAUGUGGUCUACGAUUCGCUGAUGAAUCUAAACGCCAAAGUUUCCCUGAAGCCUAUCAACGCUGGAGCGCAAUGUAGUGACUACUCGUACGACAACGAUGAUGUUUCGUGGGAUGUUCAGAUCUCCACCACAGCUCAGUUCCACCUAUCGAACCUGAUGCUGUUGACGUUGUGCGAACGAUGCGUUCAGGACAAAAAUUACAUGCCGCUGUGGAACUUUCUCGUGACCAACAGCAAAUAUCAUACCAGUUUGGCGUGUAUUGUUCUGGCGCAUGGGAAACUAUACUCUUCAGCCGUUUUGCUAGCCAUGACUCGUGGAACUUGCCUCGAUGUGUUCAGUUGUCUUGUCGGCAUAUGGGAACAGUUGGCAGACAACGUCCCGGAGCUAAACGCUUACAUGUAUAAUCUGGCGAACGAACUGUUUAUGGAAAGUUUGAUCUACCUGCAGGAAUACACGCUGGAGUUUUUCGAUAUGAUUCGAAAGUGCAUCGAUAAGUUCGACAUAAACGUUCUGGAGCGGUUGAUCAGGCAAUUGAAUCCAUUUCACCCGAUCUACCGACCGUUGAUGCACAAACUAUCUAACCACGAUAGUGCCAGUCGGGAGCUGGAUAAAGCACUGCUUAUGUUCUGCCGAUCGUUGAUCGAAACAUUUCUCGUCGUGUCGAUACGGGCCCAGACGCUGAAGAUGCACAGCACCAGCUUUCUCGGUGCGCUUAAGCUGGUGCAAGUACAUUACGACGAAAAGCACAUCGAAAUGCGACUGAAGCAGUACUCGCCCAUUUCGGCUGGUUUUUCGCAUGCUGGAUGUGUGAUCAACAAGUUGGCCUUUCUGUGGGGUUCCAAUGGAGUGAAUUGUGCACUGAGCAGAACGACACUGCAGGGUGACCCGUUGGCACCGAACGGUAGUCCACCGUUGGUUUCCUUUCUGAAGCAGCUCGACCUGGAGGUGUUAAGUGUACACUGUGGAAGGCUGCACACACUACUGCUGACUAGUAAUGGGAUCUACUCGAUGGGCGCGAACAAUUUGGGCCAGCUGGGCAUAGGUAACCACGUACUGAAUGCCCUUCAACCGAUGCUGGUGCAGACGCUGGAUGGGAAGAACGUGACGCACAUCUGUGCCGGCCAAUAUCAUAAUGCCGUGGUAGCUAAUGGACUACUAUACACUUGGGGGUGGGGUAUUUUUGGUCAACUAGGACACGGCACGGUAGCAGACUGCCCCUUGCCAAGAGUUGUAGAUUUUUUCAGGAAAAGGAACGUACAACAGAUUUCACUAGGCCAUGCACAUACUCUAGUACUUUGUAAGCCAAAUAGCAAAACUAAGAACGUAUUGUACGUAUUCGGGUCCAACCACUACGGCCAAUUGGGGUUGGGUCAGGAGGACAAAUUCAAUGUAACCAUUGAUACGAGGAACGGCAAAUCGUUCGUUCUGUCGCUGAUGCCCCGCAGGGUAGAGUUCGAUGCGGAAAUAAGCCUGAUCAACACAAAACUUUUCGUUAACCUCGUUCUAACCGCCAAUAAUCAACUGUAUACCUGGGGAGCAUCACCGCAGGCCCUCCGACUUGCGACUCAAGCUCGCAAGCGAGCCAAAUCGACUCACAAAAAUCGUUCGACAUCCAACGCGGGUUCAUCGGGAGAAACCAAAGCCACCCAAGACCCUGUGGUCCUUUCUCCUAGUGCUAGUCAAUCGGAACAAUCAACACCCGCUGAUGAGAUGACCGAGUCCGAGUUAAAAAAUAGCGGCGAUGUAACGGACGCCACGCCAACCGGUCAGCAAGACCAAAUACCAAAGAUAAAUGGCGUUCAGAUUCCAGAAAUAAGAGUUGAGGAUACAAGCGAUGAUUCCAAAGGAGGGGCGGAAUCGAAGGAAAGUGAUAAACAGAAGGAAAGUGCUGGCGUAAGUGUCAACGGAGAGGAAAUUGCCGAACAUCUGUAUCCCACGUUGGUUGAUACUACGCUCGUUCGGGAUGAUAUUGUUAAGAUUUCCAGCGGUCUGUACCAUUUCGCUCUGGUCACGACCAAAUCGCACAUCUACACGUGGGGUAAAAACAUCGAACGCCAACUGGGUCGUGAGGGUGGCCGCAACGAAGUGCUAAUACCGACCCGACUGGACACCGUGACGGAUGUCGAGUACGUCGAGUGCGGUGCGGACUUUACGCUAGUUAUGACCGAUAGCGGGGCGGUUAAGUCCUGGGGUAACAACAACAUGGGCCAGUGUGCGAAAGAAAUCAAUCAGGAACGAAGUGGCGUUCCGGGGAAACUGGUAAGAUUGCCCAUUUCGAACCGAUUGGUACGGAUUCCGGACAGUUCGCAGUUUAUCGAGUUGCCCCAUGAGAUUAGACUACCUCACAGUGAUGAUUGCUGUGAACCGGGGGACGAAAGUACGAGGUUGAUUAAGGCCAUGCCAAAAUUUAGGCGGAAUUUUGUGAUAAAGAGCACCCUGGAGAAGGUGAUUAGCAAUAAUAUUUCGACAAUAAGUUCCAGCUUGAACGAUGUUAGUAAUACCACGGAAAUGGAGGAUUUCGUGGGUGAGCUGAGAACAGCUUUCGACUGCCGAAUUCAGCACCAAAACGCAAGCACCAUGUCCUCGCUGCAAUCAGUUUCGUAUGCCACCUCACCGACUUCGCUGGCAAUCGAUGAAGACGACGAUGAAAUCGAUCACGAUGAUCAGGGCAGUUCGGAUUCUUCGUCCCGUUUGUUCAACGAUCGCCAUCUCCUGAGUAAUGAUUUCAUCCACUUUUGUAUGUAUAUCUUUCAUGGUUUAUACAACCAGGAUAACAUCCUCGAUUUAACCAAACGUUGCAACGAGUAUCACAUCCGAAUGAUGAUGCUGAACUACGACUACGUGGAGGCGUUCCAUCUCAUCUUGGAACUUCUCUCCGGUUCGCUAUCGUCAUCCGCAUCUCCGUUGACCGUCACCAAAACAACCUUGAAUCUGGUCAAAAUAUUCGAGUACUUCACCAAGGAUUCUAACAUCAUCCCCAUGGACACUGCCAACUUCAAGUACUUCAUCUACGAACUGUUCAUGUUCUUCAUCAAACACAACAUCGCCCUGGACGUAUUGGAAGAAUACUUCCUGCGCAACCUGGAUUACUAUCUGGUACAACUGGCAUUCGUCCUUUAUUUUAGUAAUACCAACAAUCUGAUGGCCGGCGUGAGAUCCAACGUGAACCCGGAAACACUGGAACUGGAACGAAAAUUGCUGGACAAGUUCAACAACAAUGGUAAUAAUCUGCUAGCAGUUGAAGCUUUCAGUGCUUCGACGACCGGAGGUCAACUGUCGAGUAAGGUGGUGCGCAAACUGGAAAAUACCGAAGCGAUCAGCAAGGCCCUAUCCACCAAGUUCAGUGUGAUCUUGUGCCAGAAACUGGUCGAACACUUUGAACGCUACAAAUGACUGCUGGCGGAGGAGAGGUCGCGUUAGAGUUGCUGUUUUUCAGUGUUUGUUUGGAAACAUUUGCUUGGAUAUCGUUAGUUUUAUUUUUUGACUGAAGUGAAAGUUUUUUUAGCAACCAUUUAUACACUUAUUAGUAGUACUUAGGACAAGCAGAAGCGGUGUUGUAGAUAUUUAGACAAUAGCUUAUUUAUUAUAUUAGGUCAUUUUUGUCAACUCCCAGUGCGAUAGUAAACCGAAACCGUGCGAUAUUUAUCAUAAUCAUCUUAGGACUUACGCAUUAUAUACACUCUUUAACUACGUAGUCUCAGUGAAGUUUCUUGGAAGAAAUUGAAAGACUGAACCAAAUCUUUACAUAGCGAUGCAUCAUCGGUUCACGGAAUCCUAGUUCUUACAUCGAGUAUGGUGAGUUUUUCGAAUUAUUUACAAAGCAAUCGCAGAAAGAAUUGAACGUUGAGUUGAAGCAAUUAGUGAUCGUUACGUUAUUUAUAUCUUCAACUUGCUAGACCAAAAGAGUAAAACACUAUUGCAAACCGAAUUUUUAUAUAUUUAUCGAAGUAAUUUUAUAACAUUUGUCCCGGACAUUUGUUCCGUUUUGGUUGAGUCUAGUCAAGUAAGUUUGUAAUGAAUCGUUUUACGAAUUUCAAAUUUGGAUACCGAGACUAGCUAUCGCUUGUUGUGACUCUUUCAUUCAAGUUUGUUUCGUAGCUAUCUAUUGAAUAUUAUAUUCUCAUAACUAAAUGGCAUACAACCAUUGCCAAAUCUGACUCAAAAUUCCAAAACCAACAUCAACUCCGACGCAUGAAUUAUAACGAGCGAGUUUUGGCACAAUCACAUUGUAAACUACUAUCUUUGCAAACCUGCAAACUAAUACUAUCAAUCGCAAUUUUAAGCUUCCUAAACAUCUAUUAGUAAAUUAAUGCAACAUUGUAGUAAAUGGUGCUGCUUGAACUGAAAGCGGAACAAUAUGAGUGACGCGUAAGCUUUACCAAAUUAGCAAUUUUUGUUGUGAAAUUCACACGGUGCAAUUGCUAUUCAGACAGAUGUUAGCAUAAAAACACUAUACACAUUUGCUUUUGAGAAAAUAAAACAUCACAUAAAAUACACUUAAAUGGUUAAUGUAGAAUAUUGUAAAACAUACACUCUUAUCAUUGAUAUUGAAUGAAUAAGCAUAUUAUGCUAAAAUAUAAGAAAAUGGCAGUUCCCGAAUUAGGAACGUUGUUAGACAGAUUUUUUUUUGCUAAAUCAUUGUUGGACGUAUUCCCUUAAUACCGAAUGAACCGAUGUAAUGUUUGAACAUCACAUAACAAAUUGAAAUAAAGGAAUGUUUUUCAUCAUAUUCAAGAA